GCGUUUCUGACUGGCUGUUCGGGUUUAUUCAUUUGCGCCUUUUAGAGCUUCUGGCGACCAUGGUGGAACACAGCAGCCUGGACACGAUGUUCCUCAGCAAGUACUGUCCCCACUCAUCAUCCUCUUCGUCCUCCUCCUCCUCCUCUUCCACCUCCUCCUCUGACAGGGAGAAGAGGCUGCUCCGCGCGCUUCGCGGCAGCCUGGCUAAGAAGUACCCGCAGAAGAGCGGCGAGGUGCUGAGCGCACAGUACGGCAUCAACCUGCUGCUCGUGGGUGUCGCCCUCAUGCUCGCGCUGGCCUACCGAGGCCCAUCCGCGAGCGAGGAGACCGUGCUGUCCUUCCUCACUGCCCUCAUGCUGGUCCAGCUCAUCUGGAUGGUCUGCUACAUGGUGCGGAGAGAACGGAGGCGCAGCGUGCCACCGGAGAGAGACGCGCAAGCGGCUACGAGCUGGAUACGAGGUGGCCUCACCAUGCUGGCACUGCUCUCACUCAUCAUGGACGCUUUCCGCAUUGGCAGCUUUGUUGGGUAUCAGGCCUGUGUGUCCAUCAUGCUGGGGGUCUACCCGGUGGUGCAUGCGCUUCACACCGUGUCACAGGUGCACUUUCUCUGGUUCCACAUCAAAGAUGUCAUCAAGAGAUAUGAGACAUGUGAAAGGUUUGGUGUGAUCCAUGCCGUGUUCACCAACCUUCUGCUCUGGAGUAACGGAGUGAUGACUGAGGCAGAACAUGCUCUUAAUGACCACAAGAGACGACUGUCAGCCCUUGGAUAUUUCAACUUCACUGUAGAACCUGAGGAACCCACUUGUAACUGUACAACAAGUGCCUGCUCCAUAUUCAGCAGCAGCCUGUAUUACCUCUGCCCCUUCAACAUUGAAUACCACAUCUUCGUCUCAGCUCUCCUCUUUGUCAUGUGGAAAAACAUCGGUCGCACCUUGGACCACCAGACCAACCAGAAGCGUGUACCAGCAGGUGGCUCAUGUCUGCUGAUAGGGCCUGUACUGGGCCUUCUUGCUCUGGCCAGCUCCAUCACUGUCUUGAUCAUUUACAUCAUCCACGUGGAGGAGUCAGUGGAAGCCCGUGAAGCAGCCAUCUCCAUGUUCUAUUGCUUUGGCAUCGUGAUCCUGGCAUGCAUGAGUGUGGCUGGUGCCUUGGGGCUUCUGAUCUACCGUGUUGAAGACUGGCCUAUGGACACGACACCCAACCCAGCCCGGACACUUGAUGCCAAGCUGCUGCUUGGUUCAUCUGUGGGCUCGUGGCUCUUGUGCUGGUGCAGUGUGGUGGCAGUGGGCGGGGCUCAGAGUUACCCCUCUUACCGUUGGAGCAAUCUAGCCUAUGCACUGUUGUUGGUCUUGGAGAAGUGUGUACAGAACCUCUUCGUCAUCGAGUCCCUGUAUCGCAGACGCCGUGAGCCAGGAGAAUGUCAUGCCCACAGCACGACUGCCCAUGAGAUCUUCUCAGUCACGGCAUCCAUGGCACCUCCAUAUGAUGGCAUCGUAAACCAUGCAUUCGAAAGUCCAGAUAAACACCAGGAUGUGCUAGAGAGCAGCAAGACUGACAAGCACACAUAUGACAAGAAAACCAAAGAUGUGUCACUUGCUGUUGGACACGGAGCCCAGGACACACCCAGCAGGAAGAGGCAGGUCCUGAAAAAUGUCGCCAUCUUCCUGUUCAUGUGCAACAUUUCGCUGUGGAUCUUGCCUGCAUUUGGCUGUCGGCCACAGUUCGAUAAUGGCCUGGAGGAGGCGUCAUUUGGAUUCUCCAUCUGGAGCACAGUGCUGAACUUUGCCCUUCCCAUGAGCCUCUUCUAUCGCAUGCACUCUGUGGCCUCUCUCUUCGAGGUCUUCCGUAAGAUCUAAGUGUAUAGAAGGGUUUUCCAGCACCUGACUCGACUGAUCUGUGUCCAGGCUCAUCCAGGCCGACUGUCUGUGUGUUUCUGUAUGUGUAGCCAGAGAUGGUUUGGAAGAAGCAGACUGAAAGGUCUUCUCCAUGAGUUCUCAAAAACUGGACUUUCCUUCUCCGUAGUCUGACUGGGCAGAAGGAAAACUGCCUUCUCUCACACUGUGACUGUAAAGAAAGAAGAGCUGUUUGCUUUCUCCUCACUGUGACUGGACAGACUAUGUCUCUCACACGGUGCUGUGCUGUGGCGCUAAAAAACUUUUUUGAUUUACAUACAUUCAGCACCUUUAGAGCUCUGUAUGCUCUCUCAUCAAGAGUUCCCAACUCCAAUGCUGUUUGUUUUUAAAAUUUUCUUUUCAAGUUUCUCUGGGCUGUGGAGUUGAGUUGCUGUUCAUUGGUGCUACUGCCUACAGUACACACUCAAACUUCAGGUUAUCUUGCAGUUGUAUGCGAAUGUUUGGGCACCCCUGGUCAAACAAUUUUGUCUGUAGAGGAUAUGUUAAUGUAUGUUCACAAAGAUCAAACUUGUUCAUAUGACUGUAGGUUAGGGCAUUGUACUGGCUUCUAGGGCUGCACAAUAUAGCAAAAAUACUAGCAUAUUACCAUUGUGAUAUGCCUUGCAAUACAUCCAAAAUGCAUUGAAAUUGCAAUUGAUCAAAAAUGCACUGGGGAAUAAAUAAUAUUAGAGGAUUAAAGAUGGCCUGGUUUACAGUAUUGUGCAAAACUCAGAGACCACUUAAGUGCAAGGUAUAAGGUUUUCAUUGUCAUUAAUAAGCAUCAAAACAUAUAUUUGACAACUAGUAUUUAGUGUGUCCAUGCUUUGCCUUUAU